CGGAGCGGAGCCGCUGCGGCUGAGCCCCCGAGCUGCCCUCGAGGCAGGCGCCCGGCCGCCGCGACGCGGGGCAUGGUGCCAUCCGCGCCGCGCCGCCGCCGCUGCUGACCUCGCGGGCCACGCCGAGCUCGGCCGAGGGAGCGGGAAGAUGUUUUCCGCGCUCAAGAAGCUGGUGGGAUCGGAGCAGGCUCCGGGUCGCGACAAGAACAUCCCCGCCGGGCUGCAGUCCAUGAACCAGGCACUGCAGAGGCGCUUCGCCAAGGGAGUGCAGUACAACAUGAAGAUAGUGAUCCGAGGGGACAGGAACACCGGCAAGACCGCGCUGUGGCACCGGCUGCAGGGCAAGAAGUUUGUGGAAGAGUACAUCCCCACGCAGGAGAUCCAGGUCACCAGCAUCCACUGGAACUACAAAACCACUGAUGACAUCGUAAAAGUUGAGGUCUGGGACGUAGUUGACAAAGGAAAAUGCAAAAAGCGAGGUGAUGGCUUGAAGAUGGAGAACGACCCCCAGGAGGCUGAGUCUGAGAUGGCCCUGGACGCAGAGUUCCUGGACGUGUACAAGAACUGUAACGGGGUGGUCAUGAUGUUUGACAUCACCAAGCAGUGGACCUUCAGCUACAUCCUGCGGGAGCUCCCGAAGGUGCCGACCCACGUGCCGGUGUGCGUGCUGGGCAACUACCGUGACAUGGGCGAGCACCGCGUCGUCCUGCCCGACGACGUGCACGGACUCAUCAACAGCCUGGACAGCAGGCCCCCAGGCUCGUCCUACUUCCGCUACGCUGAGUCCUCCAUGAAGAACAGCUUUGGCCUGAAGUACCUUCAUAAGUUCUUCAACAUUCCGUUUCUGCAGCUCCAGAGGGAGACGCUGUUGCGGCAGCUGGAGACGAACCAGCUGGACAUCGACGCCACACUGGAGGAGCUGUCUGUGCAGCAGGAGACCGAGGAGCAGAACUACAGCCUCUUCCUGGAGAUGAUGGAGGCGCGUAGCCGGGGCCAUGCGUCCCCACUGGCGGCGAAUGGGCAGAGCCCGUCCUCGGGCUCGCAGUCCCCAGUGGUGCCUCCGAGUGCCGUGUCCACGGGGAGCUCCAGCCCCAGCACACCCCAGCCGGCCCCACAACUGGCCCUGCACACCCCCUCGGCCUGCCCCUCCCCCACGUCGCCCUCGGAGGUCCCGCUGCCCCCAGCACAUCCCGUGGCUCCCACCCCCCCAAGACGCAGCAUCAUCUCCCGGCUGUUUGGGACCACGCCCGCCGCUGAGGCCGCCCCUGCGCCCCCAGAUCCCACCCCAGCUGCAGAGGCCCCAGCGAAAGUCCAAGACGUGGAGGAUUUUGUUCCUGCAGACGGCCUUGACCGUGACUUCCUGGACGACACAGCCCCCCCGAAGGAUGAGAAGAGAGUCGGGGCCGAGGUCCCUCAGGACAGUGACAGCGAUGGGGAGGCCCCAGGAGGAAACCCGAUGGUGGCAGGUUUCCAGGACGACGUGGACCUCGAAGAUAAGCCACCUGGCAGGCCCCUGCGACCCACGAGUCCCGCCCCCACGGAGAAGAUCAUUGUUUCCAGUGAGGAGGUCGCAGGGUACCCCAAAACCACUGUCCUGGCCCCCCAAAAGUGCACGGAGCCAGAGACCAAACGGUCCUCCACAAAGGCCUCGAGGCCCCACAGGGGCGCAGCUCCCAAGGCUGCAGGGCCGCGAGGGCCCCCUGCUGAGGGCUCCUCUGGAGGGCACGCGGAUGAGCCGGGUGAACCAGCAGCGUCUUCAGAGAGCGACCCUGAGGGGCCCAUUGCAGCCCAGAUGCUAUCCUUUGUCAUGGACGACCCCGACUUCGAGAGCGACUCUGACACUCCCAGGAGAGUGGAUGAGUUCCCGGUCCGAGAGGACCUGUCCGAUGUGACCGACGAGGAUGCUGGUCCUGCCCAGCCGCCCCCACCCCGCCAGCCCCCGGUCCCCUCCUUCCGAGUGAAGAAUGACGCGGACCUGUUCGGGUUGGGGCUGGAGGAGACAGGCCGGAAGACGAGCAGCAGUGAAGAUAAGGAGGGCAGGCCUUCCUCCAAGGAGAAGGAGAAGAAAAAGAAGAAGAAGGGCAGAGAGGAGGAAGAAAAGGCUGCAAAGAAGAGGAGCAAGCACAAGAAGGGCAAGGAGAAGGAGGAAGGCAGGGAGGAGCGGCGCCGGCGGCCGCGAGGCCAGAGGUCGGCGCUGGACGAGCUGGAGGCCUUCCUGGGGGGCGGGGCCCCAGCCGGCCACGGCGGGGGCGGGGACUACGAGGAGCUGUAGGCCUGGCCUCCGGCGGGCGGCACGCCCACUCUGCUUGCUGGGCCCGCCUUGCAGGGAGGGGGCAGCAGGCGGCAGGCCCCCAGUGCUUCUCAGGGAGGGAUUGAGGCCCCCGGAGGCCCGUGAGGCUGUUUACAGGGGCGGGGCGUCCUCGCGGCACCGGCUCCUGCUUGCCCAGCCCCCGCAUGCGGUCGUGCUCGGCUUCCUGCCGUGGCUCCACCAGGGCUGCGGAGUGCCCGUCCUGGACCUUGGUCCUCUGGGCAGUGCAGGCGCCUCUCCCAGGCACGGUGUCCAGCAUUGCACCUGCAUGGGCGUGCCCGCCAGCCAGAGCCGGGACACCUCACUCAUUUCCUUUUUCUCCUUCCACUCCACUCCAACCAUAAAGCUCUCCUGUUUUACUGCG